AGAAUCUCCGAGCAAAAAAUAAAAAUAAAAAAGAAAAAAAAAUCUCAGUUUCAUGUCUUGCUUGUUGUUCUGUCUGAAAGACUAUAACUUUUUGGUCAAUACGUUUCGAAAUCGAUACCAAACUCUUCUUACUUCCUCCUUAUCCGUAGAAUCCUCUAGGGUGUUUCACUAUGAUAUUCAAAGUGUCUUGCUUUUUGCUCUGUAGUCAAUAAAGCCAAUCACUUUAUUGAGUUCACUGCUUGUUGGUUCGUGUUGUGCAGUGAUGUGGUGAAUUCUUAGUUCCUUUGUUUGUUUUGUUGUUGUUGUGUUGGAUUUAGGAAUCUUGUUUGUAGGAUUGAGUAAAGUUGAGACCUUUGAGCCCUUUGUGGAGAGAGAGCUUUUUUUCACACGAUGGCUUUGGUGACUCCAAUUCCAGCUAUGACCGAGCGUGCUGGAUCCAUGAGAUUCCAUGGGAUCACUAGCCCUGGAUCGAGGUCUAGUAGGAGCAGCGUCACGGAAGAGCCCGUCUCGCGGCUGAUCGAGGAGAAGAUCUUCGUAGCUGUUGAUAAACACGUGGCCAAGAGCAAGUCUACACUCAUAUGGGCGUUGCAGAACACUGGAGGGAAGAAGAUUUGCGUUAUUCAUGUUCAUCAACCCUCCCAAAUGAUCCCAGUUAUGGGCGCGAAGUUUCCAGUGAGCUCUGUGAAGGAGGAGGAAGUCAGAAUUUUCCGGGAAAAAGAAAGGGAGAAAGUACAUAUGAUCCUAGACGAGUAUCUUCGUAUAUGCCACCAGAGAGGGGUGAGGGCAGAGAAGAUGUUUAUUGAAACAGAAUCCAUAGAGAAAGGAAUCGUGCAACUGAUUUCGGAGCUGGGGAUCAAGAAGCUUGUCAUGGGAGCAGCAGCAGAUAGACACCAUUCAAAGAAAAUGACGGAACUCAAGUCAAGGAAAGCCAUCUUCGUACGCCGACAAGCUCCUACACCUUGUCAGAUAUGGUUUACUUGCAAAGGAUCCUUAAUACACACAAGGGAAGCUGCGGAUGACGGUGAAUCAGAGUACGCAUCUCCGCGUCCUUCCAUAAGUGCAAGCGAUCUACUUCAAGCUUUCUCUACACCAGUCUCUCGAGUACAUAGCAACGGAAGUUCAACUGAACACAGCGAGAGGGUGUCUAACGGUUCGUUAAAUAAUACAACUGACGAUGAGGAUAGAGAGUUGGACGGCCGGGGAGUAAGAGGAAGCGCAACGGUCAUGAGCACAGUUGAUGAGAAUUCAGGCCGCUCAUCUCCCUCUAAUCUUCCGGAUGGUGUGGAUGAUUCCUUUCAUGAUAAAAUCAGACAAGUAACGUCAGAUGCUCAGAGUUCAAAACGAGAAGCUGCUGCAGAGACCGUUAGGCGUCGGAGAGGUGAAAAGAGUGCACUUGAUGCAAUCAAAAGGGUUAAGCAAUCAGAAAGUGCUUAUUCUGAGGAGUUGAAGCGAAGGAAAGACACCGAGGCAGCAGUAUCCAAAGAGAAAGAGAGAUUCGUAACGAUUAGAAAAGAACAAGAAGCAGUCACGGAAGAAGUGCAAACCGCAACGGCACAGAAAGAGACGCUCGAGAACCAGAUAGCAGAAGCUGAUGGCACGAUGGAGAAGCUAAACCAGAAGCUCGACGUAGCCGUGAAGCUGUUACAAAAGCUAAAGGAAGAACGAGAGGAGCUGCAGACAGAACGUGACAGAGCUCUCAGAGAAGCCGAGGAGCUAAGCAGGAGCCGCGCAGAGACUACUUCAACGAUAGAGCAGUUACCUCAGUACUUCACUGAUUUUACCUUCUCAGAGAUCGAGGAAGCAACUAACUGCUUUGAUUCGACGAUGAAGAUUGGUGAAGGAGGGUACGGAAGCAUCUACGUUGGUACGCUGCGUCACACUAAAGUGGCUAUAAAGAUAUUGAAUCCUAAAAGCUCGCAAGGUCCCGUGGAGUAUCAGCAAGAGGUUGAUGUGCUAAGCAAAAUGAGGCAUCCGAAUAUCAUUACACUGAUUGGAGCUUGUCCAGAAGGGUGGAGUCUUGUCUAUGAGUAUCUACCCGAUGGAAGCCUUGAAGAUAGGCUUACUUGCAAGGACAACUCUCCACCGUUAUCAUGGCAAAACCGUGUACGGAUCGCCACUGAAGUAUGCGCAGCGCUUGUCUUUCUUCACUCCAACAAAGCUCAUAGCUUAGUACACGGUGAUCUAAAGCCGGCGAAUAUCCUCCUCGACGCUAAUCUCGUUAGCAAGUUGAGCGACUUUGGAACAUGCUCGGUAGGAAGCAAGAGUGAUGUCACAGGCACAGCUGGUUACUUGGAUCCAGAAGCUUCGAGCAGCGGAGAGCUAACACCAAAGUCAGAUGUUUACUCGUUUGGGGUAAUACUAUUACGGUUGUUGACAGGGAGGUCUGCUUUGCGGAUAGCAAACGAAGUGAAGUAUGCGCUUGAUUCCGGUUCGUUAAACAACGUUUUGGACCCUUUAGCUGGUGACUGGCCCUUUGUUCAGGCCGAGCAGCUUGCUCGCUUGGCGUUGAGAUGCUGUGAGGCUGUCGGUGAGAAUCGUCCGGACCUUGCUACUGAAGUCUGGAGGGUGCUUGAACCUAUGAGGGCUUCUAGCGGAGGAUCUUCGUCUUUCCAUCUCGGACGUAACGAGAAACGCAUAGCUCCUCCUUACUUCAUUUGUCCCAUUUUCCAGGAAGUCAUGCAGGAUCCGCACGUAGCUGCAGAUGGUUUCACAUAUGAAGCAGAGGCUAUAAGAGCGUGGCUGGACAGUGGACAUGAUACUUCACCGAUGACCAAUGCCAAGCUUUCCCACAACAGCCUGAUCUCUAACCAUGCUCUUCGUUCUGCAAUUCAGGAGUGGCUUCAACAUCAUUGUUGACAAUGAAAAUCCUUCAAAGCCCUCAACCCCUGUUUCAUGCUUGUAAUCUCUCAUGAAAAGAAGUUUUCUUUGCAUUCAUGCAUACGAUCUCUCCGUAGAUAGCAUAUAUUGCCUACUUUGUCAAAUCAUAGUGUAAAUCCUCUAAUAUUUGUAAGAUGAAAAAAGAAAGGCUGGUGAGAUUGUGUGUGUAUAUGUGUUCCAUAUUUGUCACAUGAAAAAGGUUAUAUGUUUAUAAUGUUUGUGCCA